UUUUAUUUGGUACAGAGUUUAAAGUUACUAAUAUUUUAAUAUUUUUUUAAUCUGGUCGUUUUGACGAAAUGUACAUAUACAUACAUACACCGCCGAAAAGAUGUCUCUGAAAUAUUUUGUUCAAUUUUUUGCCUGUAGGUAUGCUAGACUAUAAAGGAACAGCAAUUUGUUCUGUGAUUCUGGAAUGCUAACAAUUAAGCAAUAGUCUGGUAUUUUUAUAAAAGAAAAUAUUUCGAUUCUUGAUUAAGUGACACGGUUUCAAAAGUCACAAUUCUGUAUGCCUUAUUGCGACUUUUCAAACUUCUUUAAAAGGGAGUCGAUCAGAUAUCCCAAAUUUGAUAAAUGUUACCUUUAUUUAUGGCGACCCUUUUAUCUAAUGACACUUAUUGGCAAAUUUUAUCUGUUAGGUGAAAUUGCUUUGAGUUCAACUCUGGUAUGGAACUUCUAAUUUUGGCAUUGCAAUUAGGUCGUAAUUACUAAAUACCGUAAUUAAUUACUACCUUACCAUAUUGUUUCUGAUAAAGAAGGAGCGUAUAUAUAAGCGGGGAUUUUGCCUGUGAAAUCAUUUUGCUCCAGCAUGCAGAAGAUCUUCGUCAAUUUAAUUUUGUUUCUGACUUAUUUGAGCCUUGGGAGGGCCAAAGAGAAGUACACAACAUUUGUGAUUUCUGGAAACCCACAUAACUUGGCUGUUAACUCGACCCCCUUUAUAAGGAUUGAUGACGGCUACUACAACUUCCGACAGGACAAAGUAAAUUGGUACGUCGCCUAUGAGAACUGUCGCAAGUUGGGAUCCGAACUGGUGACCUUCGAAACGGCCGAAGAGUUCGACGCUGUGACUGGCUACCUAAAAAACAAGGGAGAGCGCUCGGAGCAUUGGACGUCUGGAAAUGAUCUGGGGAAACAGGGAACCCACAAUUGGUUUGCCGAUGCCACGCCUAUAAACAUCAAUCGCUGGGCACCCAAACAACCCGACAAUGCAGGAGGAAAUGAGCAUUGUAUACACUUGGGAUACAUUUACGGAGACUCAAAGGAUAUUCAGCUGAAUGAUCGACCCUGUAACAACGUCAAAAGCCUAUUUAAAUAUGUUUGUGAGGCGAAACAGGAAACUGUUUCCAUUGUCGUGUGGAAGUAGACCAAAUGAAAGCAUCUAAUAAAUUUAUUUUACGUCAGUUGGAUAGAGAGAUGAUUUGUGGAAUUUUGACUCUUCAACUUUUAUUUGAUUUAAAUUGUUCACUUUAAUGAUUGUGAGCAGAAAUGGUCCUCCUUUUUGAGAAAAACACCGAUCUUAACGAUAUCGAUUCCAGACCAAACUUACUUGAAUAAUGGAAUCCCUUUAUAAGCUACUCAAAUAAAAAUUGUAAUAGGGAAAUGAACGCGCAGUGAAUCCAACGCAGAUAUCUUCAAAAGUGAACACAAAGUUGAUAUUUGAAUAUACAUUUUAUUUUUCAGAAAAGUUGUUCAUUUUUGUAAUGACUUUACAUUUACAUAUAGGAUAUAUUUAUAUAUAUUCUCUUGCGUUCUGCUCAUGUGUUUUUGUUCUUAUUGAGUUUGCUUUUGUUGGAAUGCAAUAUAAUAGGUACGAUACAAGUUGCACACAUGAAUUAAUCCGUUAUCUGUUAUAUAAUGUGUUUAGAAUAACCAAAGAACAACGAAUGCAUUCCAUUCAAACCAAACAACCAAGGCGAACUUUCGAACUCUCGAAUUAGUUUUAACAUUUACUCUGUUCACUAUCCUUGCAAAUAUGCUUAGUACUUGGCCGCGACCUGAAUACAGCUAGCCGAUAUCAUCGAGACACACUAGAUUCGCUUUCCAAAAAUAUAUAUAUAUACUAUAUAUGUAUGCAUUUAGGUA